AGUAGUAGGGUGUACAAUCACUAGUUUACUUCAGUUUUUGUUGAGUUUAGGGUAAAUGGAGUCAAUGCCAAAUGUAAGGUUUAUGUUGGGGAGACAGUCGUCAAUGGCGACUGAUCGGGUUUCGGGUUCGGAUUCGGAUUCGGAACAUGAAGAGGUUAAUAGGGCGGAGGCGAUUGAUCCCAGGUUAAGGUUGAUGUUUUUUUCGAGCGAAGGUGAUUUGGAAGGGAUCAAGGAGCUUUUGACUUCAGGAACUGAUGUAAACUUUAAAGAUAUUGAUAAUCGGACGGCGUUGCAUGUGGCGGCUUGCCAAGGGUUUAGCAAUGUUGCUGAGUUGCUGCUAGAACGAGGUGCAGAGGUUGAUCCCAGAGAUCGGUGGGGUAGCACGCCUCUUGCAGAUGCAAUCUAUUAUAAGAACCAUGAUGUUGUCAAACUUUUGGAGAAACAUGGUGCCAAACCUCUGAUGGCUCCAAUGCAUGUACAAAAUGCCCGUGAAGUCCCAGAAUAUGAAAUUGAGCCAAAAGAAUUUGAUUUCACAAAUAGCAUCGAUAUCACCAAGGGAACCUUUAUCAUGGCUUCUUGGCGUGGAACACAAGUUGCAGUUAAGAAGCUCGGAGAUGAAGUUUUUACUGAUGAAGAGAAAGUGAGGGCUUUUAGGGAUGAGCUUGAGUUGCUUCAAAAAGUACGACACCCAAAUGUGGUUCAAUUCCUAGGUGCUGUAACUCAGAGUAGUCCGAUGAUGAUUGUGACCGAAUACUUGCCAAAGGGUGAUCUUCGUGCCCUUUUAAAGAGAAAAGGGGCACUGAAGCCGGCAACAGCUCUGAGAUUUGCGAGAGAUAUCGCAAGGGGAAUGAACUACUUGCACGAGAAUAAGCCGGAGCCCAUUAUUCACAUGGAUCUUGAGCCUUCAAAUAUUUUGCUGGAUGAUUCUGGACAUCUCAAAGUUGCAGACUUUGGAAUCAGCAAACUUCUGAAAGGCACGGGAAAAGUCAAACAGGAAAAACUCAUGACCUGUCAAGAUACUGCAUGUCGAUAUUUUGCUCCAGAGGUCUUCAGAAAUGAAGACUAUGAUACCAAAGUGGAUGUUUUCUCAUUUGCUUUAAUUUUACAAGAGAUGAUUGAAGGCUGCCUACCAUUUUCUGCAAAGCGUGAAAAUGAUGUUCCUAAAGCAUAUGCUGCAAAAGAGCGACCUCCUUUUAAUGCCCCAUCAAAGAAAUAUGCACAUGGUCUUAAAGAGUUGAUUAUAGAGUGUUGGCAUGAAAAUCCAGCCAGGAGACCAACAUUCAGGCAGAUAAUCCCUCGGUUGGAAUCAAUCCACAGUUCCUUAAAUCAUAAGUGGCGUUGGAAGGUUCGACCAUUGAAGUGCUUUCAGAAAAUGGGGUCGUGGAACAGUGAAGGUUCCGGUACAAGUAGCCGUGACCGUUCAUCUGGCAUCUAGACAAAAAUGCAAUUCUGUUUCUUUACAUGGUUUUAUUCGUGUUUUGCUUUCACUGCGUAUGAAAACCUUAUCUUGUCACCCUUCACUUGUAUUCUCUAUUCAAAAAUUCUCUUGCUAAUGGC